AUGAUUCUACCCAACGCAUUUCAUCGCGGAAACCUCCCAGUAAUAACACAUUAUAGAGGCAGUUGCGCUGCAUCUUUUGAUAUGUGUCUAAGACGGAAUUACUGGCCAUUUGAAAUUUUUUUGCCGGCUGAGUGUCGGCUUUGCCGAUUGAAUGUGGGAGGACGUGAGGAUGCGUCGGUAGUGUUCGUACGUGACUUUGCCUUUCGGGCCUUUAAUAUUUGCGCGAGGAGGGAUUUUGUUUGUGUGGAGGAACGUUUAGACGUUUAUGCGAUAUGCGCGUGCUAUUUGUUUUAA